UGUCAUUAAACUCGAGAUUUGUGAAUGUGAUAGACCGAGGCUCUCGGAGUAUUUUUGUUUCUUGUUGCAUUGUGAAUCGAAACGAUCUUCGGAUGCCUUGGCUCGCAUCGAUGAAACGCUCUAUGAACCCCACGACCAGACAGAAUUAUGCUACUAGCUUACGGCCGCAUCAUGCAAUGGACAUCAUUAGCACAACGAAAGGAAUCCCCUAAUCAGGUUACAACUAUUAAAACUUUAUAAGAGUCUACCGAUUAUCUCAAUUACGAAAGAAGAAGCAGACACAUUUUACGAUUUACAUCUCGAGAAUUGCAAGAGAAACUCAAAUCACAUUCCACUUCCCAAUUCAAGAUGGAGGCCAUUACCCAAGCUAUCGUCAAUUAUUCAACUCUUGAUGUAUCCUACAUCAAAAUCACAAACGCCACCAAAGAUACAUUCCUAAUGUCCAUCCAAUCCCGCGUUAACAAAACCGGCCCCAUCGGCGCCACUAUGUCCGAAAUGACUGUCGAAAUGGCAGGACCAGCCGGCACCUUCGGCCACCUCGACCUCCCCGUCGUCAAAACCAGUUCUUCGGGAGCAGACGUCACUAUCACAGACCAACUCAUCAAAAUCACCGACAUGGCAGCCUUCAGAGCAUUCGUGAAAUCUCUCAUGAAUGACGAGAAGCUGACCAUGAAGUUGAAGAAUGGGAAUGGAACGAUUAAGUCGCUAGGCAUGACGUCGAAGAUUUUCUAUCAGAAAGAUGUCCAUCUGAAAGGGAUGAAUGGGCCGAAGACCGUUAUGGUGAAAACGGAGGUUGAAGGGUCCGGAUUUAAGAAUGAGAUGUUGACUAUUAAUCCGUCUGCUUUUGAGAUCGAUAUGGGGGUUGUAAAAUAUGAGAUUCGGAAUGCGGAGAACGUGAAGAUUGCAGAGCAGAAGGGUAAGACUCAUAUCACUAGAGGCGAGUCAACAUCUAUCAUGACGGGUACUAUGACGGGUGAGAAACUUGAGGGGGACGCGAGGCUCGUGGGAGUUGGUGUUGAAGAGGAGAGUUGGCAUGAUGAGACGAUCAGGGACCUCAACACUUCAGUAAAAUUGUCGGAAGAGUUUGUGGGGUUGUGUGGUAGUUGA